UUGUGUCUCUCCCUCCAAUACAACACGGGGACGGGGGUGCACAGCACAUUGGUUGUGGCUACAUAUACGAGCGCACCCAGACUGUAUGCCGCUUGGUGAUUCUUUUCAGAUUCUCUCGUCCCCUGCACAGACGAGACGAGACGAGACGACGUCGGAGCGGGGUGGGCGAUGGAUCCGUCGAAUUCGAAGGCGGUAGCGGCGUCGUUGCCGUCCUACGGCAAGGUGCUGGAGACCUACAAGAAAGCGGCGGCCACGGCCGCCACGGUGACCGCGUACGCCGUGCUGGCGCGCGGCAUGGCGCGGGAGCUGCUGCCCGACGAGCUGCGCGAGGCCGCGCGCUGGGCCGCUGAUUUCCUGCUGCACGGCGGCGCCAGGCUGCGCGCGCCACCGCAGCGACGGACCUUCGUCAUCAAGCGGUUCGACCAGGAGAGCCCCAGCGGCGACAACGGGCUCUUCGCGGACGCGAGCGCGUACCUCGCCACCCGGAUCGACCCGCACACCACCACGCGGGUCUGCAUCGCCCGCCGCAGCGCCGUCGGCCCCGGCGGCGGCGGCGGCGGAGGAGGAGGAGGCUACGACUACGACUACGAAUACGAAGACGCGUACGGAGACGGAGACUGCGGCGGCCGCGAAGCCGAAGCCCGAGAUGACGGCGGCGGCGGCGGCGGGAGGCACGUCCUGUCCUUGGAAGUCGGCGACAGGAUGGCGGACAUCUUCGAGGGCGUCAAGUUCACGUGGAUGACCGUCGGACAGGGACAGGCCAAAGGCAACAACGACCACGUGACGUCGCUGGAGCUCACCUUCGACGCGGAGCACACGGACAUGGCGCUCAAACGGUACAUCCCGUUCAUAGCGGCGACCGCGGAGGCGGCGCGGCUGCGGGAGCGCACCCUCAAGAUCUUCUCGAGCGACUUCGGGUCGUGGCGCGGCAGCAGCUACCACCACCCGGCCACGUUCGACACGCUGGCCAUGGACCUGGACCUCAAGCGCUCCAUCAUCGCUGAUCUCGACCGCUUCCUCAAGCGCAAGGAUUACUACCGGCGCAUCGGCAAGGCGUGGAAGCGCGGGUACCUGCUCUACGGCCCGCCGGGCACCGGCAAGACCAGCCUCGUCGCCGCCAUGGCGUGCUACCUCCGGUUCAACCUCUAUGACCUCGAUCUCUCCAAGGUGGACUCCAACUCCUCGCUGCAGCGCCUGCUCACUUCCAUGUCCAACAAGUGCAUCCUCGUCAUCGAGGACAUCGACUGCUGCUUUAGCGCAACAAGCCGUGGCGGCGGCCCAGUGAAGAGCGGCGACGAUGACGACGAUGAAGACGACCCAUCUCCACCAAACGAUGAGGACAACUACUCCAAUAGGCGUCAUCAGAGAGAGGGCAUAACACUGUCCGGCCUGCUCAACUUCAUCGACGGGCUAUGGUCGACCAGCGGCGAGGAGCGCAUCAUCGUCUUCACCACCAACUACAAGGACCGCCUCGACCCGGCGCUGCUCCGGCCAGGCCGGAUGGACAUGCACGUCUACAUGGGCUACUGUGGCUGGGAGGCAUUCAAGACGCUGGCUCGGAACUACUUCCUCGUCGACGACCACGUGUUGUUCCCGGAGAUGCAGGAGCUGCUCUCGGCAGUGGAGGUGACGCCGGCCGAGGUGUCGGAGAUGAUGCUACGGAGCGAGGAUGCCGACGUCGCGCUCCAGGGACUCAAGGAGUUCCUCGAGGAGAAGAAGCAGGGCAAGCAAACAGGAGAUGCGGGAAAGAGCCGGGCUGCCGGGGAGAUGGCGACGGAUCCCACCUCGGCAUCGGCGGCGGGGUUGCCGUCCUACGCGAAGGCGGUGGACGCGUACCGGAAGGCGGUGGCCACGGCGGCCACGGCGACCGCGUACGCCGUGCUGGCGCGCGGCAUGGCGCGGGAGCUCCUCCCCCAAGACCUCCGCGCCGCGGUCAGCUGGGCCGCGUCCCUCCUCCGCGCCCGCCUCGAGCCCCGCACCGCCGAGCGCCGCACCCUCGUCAUCAAGCGCGACCAGGAGUCGCACCACCACCACCACCCUUGCGACGGCGACGCGGCGCUCUACGUCGACGUGCGCCAGUACCUCGCCACCCGGAUCGACCCUCGCUCCAUGCGCCGCCUCUGCCUCAGCGGCGGCGUCUCCGGCUCAAGGAAGGUUCUCUCCAUGGAGCCUGGAGACUCCAUGAUCGACAACUUCGAGGGCGUCGCGUUCACGUGGGCGUCCGUCGCGGGUGAAGGCCGGCGCGGGAUAGUGGCAGAGUCGCUGGAGCUCAGCUUCGACGCCGAGCACACGGACAUGGCGCUGGAGCGGUACGUCCCGUUCAUCACGGCGACGGUGGAGGAGGCCCGGCGCCAGGACCGCUCGCUCCUCAUCUACAUGAACGAGGGCUCGGGGUGGAGCAGCAUGACCCACCACCACCCGGCCACGUUCGACACGCUCGCCAUGAACGGGGGGGCCAAGCAGUCCGUCAUCGCCGACCUCGACCGGUUCCUGAAGCGGAGGGACUACUACCGCCGCAUCGGCAAGGCGUGGAAGCGCGGGUACCUGCUCUACGGCCCGCCUGGCACUGGCAAGUCCAGCCUCGUCGCCGCCAUGGCCAAUUACCUCCACUUCAACCUCUACGACCUCGACCUCUCCGAGGUGAGUGGCAACGCGAUGCUGCCGCGGCUUCUCAACCGCAUGAGCAACAGGUCCAUCCUCGUCAUCGAGGACAUCGACUGCUGCUUCAGCGCCGCGUCGCGGGAUGAUGGCAAAGAUCUGGCCGGCCACGACGUGGCGGAUGAUUCUGACGACGAUGUGGGCAAGAUAACUCUGUCCGGCCUGCUCAACUUCAUCGACGGGCUGUGGUCGACCAGCGGCGAGGAGCGCAUCAUCGUCUUCACCACCAACUACAAGGACCACCUCGACAGGGCGCUGCUCCGGCCGGGACGCAUGGACAUGCACGUCUACAUGGGCUACUGCGGCUGGGAGGCUUUCAAGACGCUCGCCCACAACUACUUCCUCAUCGACGACCACCCGCUGUUCCCGGAGAUACAGGAGCUGCUCUCGGCUGUGGAGGUGACGCCGGCCGAGGUGUCCGAGAUGCUGCUGCGGAGCGAGGACGCCGGCGCGGCGCUUCUGGGUGUCACCAAGUUCCUCAGAGAGAAGAAGCAAGAAAUUGGCGAAGGGAAUUAGCGCAGUCGCGCGCGCUGAGGAAGAAGAAGCACUUUUUUGUGUUGCAAGCUAUGAAUUCUGCAAUGCUGAUGAUCCACUCCUGAUUUCUUUGCUCCACAGUAGCUGCAACCGCAACCUGCAAGUCUGCAACUGUUGUCCUGAUUGUUCUCUUGCAAUUGUAUCUUAAAAGAAUAGGAACUGAUCUCGCUAAUCAGUCUAUGAUGA